CUGACAAUGACGUUAAUAGUUAGUGAUAAGAUCUGUUAUCAACUUUAACAUGUGACAGGGUGAAGACAUCAGUAGCUCUGAUAUACAAUGGUUCCGCUAGCAUGAAACCAACCUUAGCACCAGGGUUGCUGCUGGCCGCAGCUGCAGUGAGUGUAGUCAGCGAUGUCCUGGACCUAGACUACAGCACCUGUAUUACUCUUGACCCUUUCGACUCCGCCCUCCCCCAGACAACACCCUUCCCUUAUGUCCUGAACGUGAGUAAGACAGGAGUCAUCCACAAUCAGGACUCCAUCAUCCUCACCAUCCGUACACAGGACCCCCGGGUGGAGUUCGAGAGGUUCCUGGUCCAGGCGAGGGACACCGUGCUAGGAGUUCCUGUGGGACAGUUUGUGGAUACUGGGGACGCUGAUAUCACGUUGUAUAACUGCUUCCAUCGACCAGAGAACACAGCAACGGAAUUCAAUCAGGACCCCAAGAGAGAGGCCCGCAUGCGUUGGAUGCCUGACUAUGACUACAAUGGAACUGUAAGACUAAUAGCCACGGUUGUUCAAACCAAAGACAUUUAUUGGCUAAGACAACUCGCAGCUGAACUACAAGUAUACAACCCCUGGUAAAAGUAAUAUUUUAAGUGUUUGUCCCUGUCAAGAACUACCUCAUUGAACAACAAUUGCGUCUUACGUGAUAAUAUCAACUGCUAGCCAAAAAUACGAGUCUGUAAAUAUAUAGAUAA